AUGCAGUACCAGCAGCAGGGCGGCUACUUUGAGCAGCAGGGCUACGGGCAGCAGCCGCAGCAGCAGGGCUACGCACAGCAGGGCUACGGCGGGCAGCAGGCAGGGCCUCGCGUCCUGCUGUACGGCGCGCAGGGCGUCGUCGGUCACGACAAGCACAUCUACGGGCGUGAGCGCGAGGACUACACGGAGCUGCCCUACAUCGUCAACGUCGGCGACGAGACCGUCCUCAGCCGCUGGAACAUGAUGCGGCCCUCCUCGUUCGUGUCGCGCGGUCGGGGCGCGCCCUGGUAUUGGGUCGAGAAGGGGCAGGCGCAGGCGCUGGCCACGGGCAGCCAGAUCUGCCUCGACGCAAGCGACCCGGAGGGGGCGGUGUUUCACGGCCAGCUGCGGUACCCGUGGGAGCAGCAGGUGGACCCGCAGAGCGGCCAGGCGUACUACUACAACCCUCAGACGGGGCAGUCUCAGUGGGAGGCGCCGCUCUAA